AUGGAGGGCGGUUUAAGCGAAAUGGUAAGGGAGAACGCACGCAUUUCCCGUGAGAUGCGUGGCGUGGCUCUGCUCAGCGUCCCGCAGACGGCAGACCCCGGCUGGCGUAUGCGACGCCAUGCGCUGCUCCGCGCAGAGUGCCCGCACAUCGCACCACCACCUGCAGCUGUCGCCGAUGUGACAACCGAAGGAGAGAGCGGGAAAAACGCUUUGAUGCUCCUCCCGUCGACCAAGACGCAAGGUGAUGUGCAGCCAGUAACAGCACAGAAACGUCCGCGGACGCAUGACUCUAUAAUUUCUGUCGAUCCCAAGGUGCUGAAGAGUCGCCUGACAGCGGUCUCAACGGCGGUGGCGAGUGGAGGUGCACGAGACGAGCCAUACGUGCCGCCUCCAUCGUGGAAGAUGUCGAAGGUAUUGGUAGGGCACCGCGGAUGGGUGUGGAGCGCAGCGGUGGACCCGACCAACUCUUGGUUUGCGACGGGCGGAGGUGAUGGUGUUGUGAAGGUGUGGGACCUGACAACAGGAGCGCUGAAGCUGAAUUUGACUGGGCACAAGGAGGGUGUGCGUGCCAUCUCGCUGAGUACGUUGUCACCAUACAUGUUCAGCUGCAGUGAUGAUCACUCAGUCAAAUGCUGGGACCUUGAGCGCAAUGAGAUCAUACGGGACUUCCAUGGGCACAAGGGGUCUGUGCAUUGCGUGAGCGCCCAUCCAUCACUGGACAUCGUAGUGAGUGGUGGACGUGACAAGACGGUUCGGGUGUGGGAUGUACGCACACGCUCCUGUGUGCAUCUUCUUGUUGGUCAUACCGACAGUGUUAUGUCUAUUGCGGCGCAACAGGCCGACCCGCAGGUUAUUUCGGGCGGCAGCGAUGGCAUGGUAUACCUCUGGGACAUUGCGGCCGGUCGCGCCUUCACGCGCCUGACACGCCACAAGAAACCCGUCCGCGGCCUCGCUAUCAACCGGGAAGGUACAUUGGUCUCGUGUGGGGCAGACCAUAUCCGCGUUUGGUCCCUCCCCAAGGGGGAGUUUCUAUUUAAUGCCCCCACAACAACAGCGACAGCGAACUCUUCGGCUGACGGGGGUGCAGAGCCUGAGGAGCCGUCGUGCUACCGCUGGAGUUGUUGUGCCUUCAGCCCACGUAACGUGCUAGCGGUGGGCAGUCAGGAGGGACGACUGGCGUUCUACGACUGGAGUCACGCGCGGCGUCCACCGUUCCAGUUGACGAAGACGAGGUCUAUUCCCGGCACACUGCCGGGUGAAGGUGGUAUCAACUGCGUCGUGUUCGACGCCUCAGGGUCUCGCAUGAUCACCGCGGAGAGUGACAAGAGUGUGAAGGUAUGGAGAACCAAGGAGUAA